AUGGCUUCUGAGAACUGUACAGUUGUUACUGAGUUUAUCCUUUUGGGCUUGACUGAUCGUGCUGAGCUGAAGAUGGUACUCUUUGUUUUAUUCCUGGUGGUUUAUACUGCUACCUUGGUAGGGAAUCUGGGCAUGAUUCUCUUAAUCAAGAUCUCUCCUAAACUUCACACUCCCAUGUACUUUUUCCUCAGUUGUCUUUCAUUUGUAGAUGCCUGCUAUUCAUCGGUCAUUGCACCAAAAAUAUUGACUAGUUUCUUGGUAGUGACAGAAACAAUCUCCUUCUCUGCCUGCAUUGUGCAACAUUUGUUUUUUGGGCUGCUUGUUACCACAGAAGGCUUCCUGCUGUCAGUGAUGGCUUAUGACCGUUAUGUGGCCAUUGCCAACCCGUUGCUGUAUAUUGUGGCCAUGUCUAAGGGAAAGUGUAUCAUGCUGGUCACUGGCUCAGUCAUAGGUGGAACUGUUAACUCGCUGACACACACCAUUAGUUUGGGUAGGCUGUCAUUUUGUGGACCCAAUGUCGUGGGUCAUUUCUUCUGUGACAUACCAUCUCUGCUGCUACUCUCGUGUUCGGAUACCUCCAUGAAUGAGUUUUUGCUCUUGAUAUUCUCUGGAGUAAUUGCUAUUGGCACUCUCUUGAUUGUGGUCAUAUCUUACUCAUUCAUUGCUGUGGCCAUUUUGAGAAUUCACUCAGCUUCUGGACGACAGAAAGCCUUCUCCACCUGUGCUUCUCACCUGACUGCGGUGACUAUCUUCUAUGGCACCUUAAGCUUUAAUUACAUUCAGCCAAGUACCCAGUAUUCCGUAGAACAGGAAAAAGUUGUAUCUGUGUUCUAUACACUGGUGAUUCCCAUGUUAAACCCGAUGAUAUACAGUCUCAGGAACAAAGAGGUAAAAGACGCUGUAAAAAAAGCCAUAGAAAUUAAGUUAUUCUCAUGCUAA